CUCUGCGAAGCAGACCGAGAUUGAGGAUACAAUAGCGCGGCAUCGGCGCUGUCCCUGACGCUGUCCGCGCACCCAGCGGACCGCCGGCACCCGCGGCACGCAAAGGGGACCAAAAAGCGACCUUCACGCACCGUCGGGCAGCCCUAUCUCACGAUCAACACAGCCACGAUCAACACAGCCACACCAAGAUGUCGGCUCACCACCAGCUGGCCAACGCCAGCACUCCGGCGCCCGCGCCGCGCCGCAAGUCGCUCCAGGCGCUUCGGCGCAUCCUGCGGCGCCCGCAACGCUUCAGCCGCAACAAGGUCCUGCCCGCGGCGGCGCCAUCCCCUAAAGGCGAGGAGUCCAAGGAGCUCGGCGGCACGGGAGACAUCUCGGGCGCCGUCAACAUACUUCUCGGCGACAGUAGCGCCGCCGUCGCGCCGGCGCCGGCGACCGUCACGCCCACCGCGGCCGCCGCGCCGUCGGCACCGUUAACACCAUCAGCACCGUUGCGCGUCGGCUACCUCUGCGCCGAGCCGCUGGUCUGGCGCAGCUCGUCCGACGGCAGCCUGAAAGCGUUGCCGCCGGUGCAGCGGCAUCAAGGGGGAGAACUCGCACUCCUGAAAACAGUGCUUGGUCGCGCGCCCGCGCGCGUGCGGCUCCGCGCCGAGCCCUGCGCGACGGUGGCCGCCCUUCGGAGUCUGUUGACCGCGGGCUGCGACGUCGUCCACUAUACGGGUCAUGGCGUCCGCGGCGCUCUGACCUUCGAGCUCGAGGGCCGCGCGGAAUUGGAUGUUUGUACGGAGGAGACGCUCGAACGAUUAGUCGCGGCGGGUGGCCACAGGACGAAGGUCGUCUUUCUCGCGGCCUGCGACUCGGAACGGCCCGGAAAAUCCCUGGCGAGGGCGGGCAUCCCGCACGUCGUCUGCGUGCGGGCGGGCGCGCGCCUGAGCGACCGGACCGCGCGCGCCUUCGCCGAGCAGUUCUACGACGCGCUCUGCCGCGGGAAGACGGUGAAGGAGGCCUUCGACGUCGCGACGGCGGUCGACGAGCAAGGGGCCUACCUCUUAUUGCCGGCUGGUGCUUGUUAUAAACACGACACGGUAAUCUGUGGUGACUCGUCUGAAGAGAGCCAAGGAGCUCAAAUCGAAACGCCGCGGCUCUGCCCGGUGCGCGGGCCGGCGCCGCCCGAGCGAUUGGCCGGGCGGAACGACGCCGUCGCCGAGGUCGUGCGACUCAUCGGUUUUGAGAGAAGGCGCUGCGUCACGGUCCGAGGCGCGCGGGGCGUGGGCAAGACGGCCGUGGCGCGCGCGGCGGCGGCGUUCUUGGCCGACCGCGGAAACCUCGACGUGGUCUGCGAGGUGGCGCUCGGCGACGUGCAGACCAAUGCGUCGUACGAGGACUACUUCGGGCUGUCGCCGGCGAGGCGCGACGACGCCAUCCAAAGACGCAUCGAACGUCGGUUGGUGAGCGUGCUUGCGGAUGCGUUGGAAGCGCUCUCCGGCUCGCCGCGACCGGACACGCCGGUGGCGCGCCGCGUCCAGGACCGCACCACCAUCACCGAGAGCCCCGACGCCCUCGCCAAGGCGCUCGCUUCAUCCGAGAGACGGUGCCUCCUCGUCGCCGACGGCGUCACGGCCGAGAACCGCGUCGCCGUCCGGAGACUCGCGACGCGGCUCCUCGCGGCGGCGCCGGCGCUGAGCGUGGUGACGACGGGCCGCGUCGAGCUGAGCGCCGGCGACCUCGGCGAGCGCGUCGUCGAUCUGGGCCCGCUCGAGGCCGCGUCGAUGGCCGAGCUGCUGACGGAGCUCGCGCCGCGGCGUUUGUCGUCGGCUGAGAUGCUGGACGGCGGAGACGCGUCGCCCUACUCGCCCGGCGCGGCGCUCUCCUUCGACCGGCCGUUCUCGCCGCCGGCGGCCCUGCUCGGCGGCGACGUGCGGGCGUUCAAAGCCUUCGGACGGCAUCCGGCCGUGCAGGCGUUGCGCGGGAAUUGCUCUGCAGCAGUCAAGUUCGCCCCGGAGUUGAAGCGACCCCUGCGCCACCACCAGGCGCUCGCCGCCGCCGCGCGGGCAGCCGUCGUCGAGGCGGACAACGAGGCGAGCGUCGGGUCGUCGUGGGACUGGGCCUGCCGGGCGAUGAGCGCCUAACACUAUUAUUGUGCCUUG